GCCCCGCCCUAUACGGGGCCCAAUCUGCGGCGAAAGCCCCGCUGAUAGGGCGGGGUGAGCAGAGACUUCCGGCUGGUCCCGGCAAGCUCCGAGGAGGAAGAGCGAGUCCGGACUGCGCUUCUCAGACUUGUCUCAGAGCGUCCAGGAUGACGGCUUCAGGCGCUCUGUUUCCCAGCUUGGUGCCAGGCUCCCGUGGGUCGUCCAACAAGUAUUUGGUGGAGUUUCGGGCUGGCAAGAUGUCAUUGAAAGGCACCACCGUCACCCCAGAUAAACGGAAAGGGCUUGUGUACAUUCAGCAGACGGAUGAUUCCCUCAUUCACUUUUGCUGGAAAGACAGGACAUCUGGGAAUGUUGAAGAUGAUCUGAUCAUCUUUCCCGACGACUGUGAGUUCAAGCGUGUGCCCCAGUGUCCCAGCGGGAGGGUCUAUGUGCUCAAGUUUAAGGCAGGGUCCAAGCGGCUGUUCUUCUGGAUGCAGGAGCCCAAGACAGACCAGGAUGAGGAGCAUUGCCGGAAAGUCAACGAGUACCUGAACAACCCCCCAAUGCCUGGAGCCUUGGGUGCCAGCGGGAGUGGAGGUCACGAGCUCUCUGCACUGGGUGGUGAGGGUGGCCUGCAGAGCCUGCUGGGGAACAUGAGCCACAGCCAACUGAUGCAGCUCAUUGGACCUGCUGGCCUUGGAGGACUUGGUGGGCUGGGGGCCUUGAGUGGGCCAGGCCUGGCCAGCUUGCUGGGGAGUGGAGGGCCUCCAGCGAGCAGCUCUUCAUCCAGCUCCCGUAGCCAGUCGGCAGCAGUCACUCCAUCCUCCACCACCUCUUCCACCCGCGCCACCCCAGCCCCAUCUGCUCCUGCAGCUGCCUCGGCCACAAGCCCGAGCCCUGCACCCAGUUCAGGUAAUGGAGCCAGCACAGCAGCCAGCCCAACCCAGCCCAUCCAGCUGAGUGACCUCCAGAGCAUUCUAGCCACUAUGAACGUGCCGGCCGGGCCAGGAGGUGGCCAGCAAGUCGACCUGGCCAGUGUACUGACGCCUGAGAUCAUGGCACCCAUCCUUGCCAACGCAGACGUCCAGGAGCGCCUGCUGCCCUACCUGCCCUCUGGGGAGUCACUGCCUCAGACUGCUGAGGAGAUCCAGAAUACAUUGACCUCGCCCCAGUUCCAGCAGGCCCUUGGCAUGUUCAGUGCAGCCUUGGCCUCGGGCCAGCUGGGCCCCCUCAUGUGCCAAUUUGGUCUGCCUGCUGAGGCUGUGGAGGCCGCCAAUAAGGGUGAUGUGGAAGCAUUUGCCAAAGCCAUGCAAAACAGUGCCAGACCUGAACAAAAGGAGGGCGACGGGAAGGACAAGAAGGACGAAGAGGAAGAUAUGAGCUUAGAUUAAAUUAUUUGUUGUCUUUUGAGGGGUCUGGGUUCUAGGCUGUGGCAUUAGUAGUGGCGUUUGUGAUUGUCGCAUCUCUCACACUGUUCCAGCUUGCUCAACAAUAAAAGUCUUUUCUUUUA